AGAGUCGGUCCUCCUGAGACAGAGGGGCCGGAAGUUCUCUUCACAGAGUCGCGCGGCUGUGGUGGUGGCGCUGCGGCGGCGCAAAUAGGGUCCGUGGCCACUUGGCGCUGUCGUUGCGGCAGCAGGUCUGCGUGAGGGGUUCGGGGGUUCUGGGCAGGCACAAUGGCGUCUCGAGCAGGCCCGCGAGCGGCCGGCACCGACGGCAGCGACUUUCAGCACCGAGAGCGCGUCGCCAUGCACUACCAGAUGAGUGUGACCCUCAAGUAUGAAAUCAAGAAGCUGAUCUACGUACAUCUGGUCAUAUGGCUGCUCCUGGUUGCCAAGAUGAGCGUGGGACACCUGAGGCUCUUGUCACAUGAUCAGGUGGCCAUGCCCUAUCAGUGGGAAUACCCGUAUUUGCUUAGCAUUUUGCCCUCUCUCUUGGGCCUUCUCUCCUUUCCCCGCAACAACAUUAGCUACCUGGUGCUCUCCAUGAUCAGCAUGGGACUCUUUUCCAUCGCUCCACUCAUUUAUGGCAGCAUGGAGAUGUUCCCUGCUGCACAGCAGCUCUACCGCCAUGGUAAGGCCUACCGUUUCCUCUUUGGUUUUUCUGCUGUUUCCGUCAUGUACCUGGUGUUGGUGUUGGCAGUCCAAGUGCAUGCCUGGCAGUUGUACUACAGCAAGAAGCUCCUAGACUCUUGGUUCACCAGUACACAGGAGAAGAAGCAUAAAUGAAGCGUGUCGGACUGCUCUUUGGGGUGAAGCCUGGACCUCCCAUUGAAUGAAAGGACAGUAGUACAGCGGUUCUAAACUCCUUCUGGUGAUUUUAGCAGCUGUGAUGUUGGUACCUGGUGCAGACCAGGCCAAAGUUCUGGAAAGCUCCUGUUGCCAUCUGCUGUGGUGGCAAAACUAUAUAAUUUAUUCCUGGUUGGCUAGAACUGGGUGACCAACAGCUAUGAAACAAACUUCAGCUGUUUGAAGUUGAACUUUGAGGUUUUUCUUUAAGAGUGAGCUUCAUCCUUGCCUCCUCUCGGUCAUUCUCCCCAUUUCCAUCCAUUACCUCUUAGCCAUUGAGACUGAAGGAAAAGGGAAUAAAUCAAAUUAUUUCAUCUGUAGGUCAUGGGUCAGGGAACAUUUGGGAAGCUGCUCCCUCGGCAGGCUGUGGUCUCUUCUGCAAAGCAUUUUAAUUAAAAACCUCAAUAACCUUGCCCACACUGUGCCUUGUGUUUGGGGCUUGAUAGAGUGUGAAAGGUGUGUUGCUUGAAAGGGGUGGCCUUAGACACUAGGAGAUGAUGGAUAGAAGCUCCUUGAGAAACCUAGCAGUGGCCAUAGAGAAGUAGACUGGGUAUGGGGAACCUACGUCAUAGUUCUAACCUAUAGCUGAUUGAUAAGAACUAUGGGCCAGACAUUUAAUCUCUCCCUCUAUGAAAUAGUCCAUUCUCAUUUAUCUAGCUUAGGUUAUGAGCUCUUUUAGUUGGAUAUUCACAUUUAUCAUUCAGUGUUAACUGGGUAUCAAUUAUGAGUCCACUACUGUAUAAUGGCAUCCAAAAGAAUUUUAAAGUACCUCUGUUUAUAGGGAGUUUACAAUCUAGUAGAAACUUGUUAUUCAUGUGAAACAACCAGUGAACAUACUAUCUAAUGAUGUGGAGCAAAUACAUUAAAAACAGGAAGGGAGAGAUCUGUGAUUAAAUUAAAGGCCCUUUCACACCU